GCGUGGGCGUGUCCAGCCGAACCCACUGCUGCUAGCUGCACUAGCGCGCUUCUGUUUUGAUUUCCGUCUGCCAAGACGAUGGUGUAUCGUUGCUGUCUUUUUCGCUUUUCGUCUGGGAUUAUCUGAAAGCGCACCGGGCAGACGCUUCGCGGAAGGUUCGUGAAGCUCCGGGCUGAUGGAUGUUCAGUGACGCGCGCUGACACAUGCGCGUCCUUCGCAGCGCAGCGCUGGAAUAAUCGCCCGUAAGCCUGUAUAAGCACAUUAAUCGGUGGGCCGGUGAAGUUUUCGCGGAAGCAUUAAUGUUGUCGACAGUCACCCCUGAUCUGUCUCCAGAGACCCCCCUACUCGGAACCCUUCCGCUCCCAGCGCCUCGACCCCAAGCAGCGACCGCUGGCCUCCCCGCGGCGCCCGUCCCGCGAGCUCACCGCAAGCACAGCGAAGCAGGCCACAGCGGGCAGCCGGCGCGCGGCAGCAUGGAGGUGGGCAUGCGUGUGGUCCGGGGGGUUGACUGGAAGUGGGGCAACCAGGACGAAGGAGAGGGGCACGUGGGCACGGUGGUGGAGAUCGGCCGGCAGGGCAGCACCACCACGCCCGACAAAACUGUGGUCGUGCAGUGGGACAGCGGGACGCGCACAAAUUACCGCACCGGAUACCAGAGCGCGUACGACCUGCUCCUGUAUGACAACGCACAGAUCGGUGUCCGACAUUCAAACAUCAUCUGUGACAGCUGCAAGAAGCACGGCAUUAUGGGAAUGCGCUGGAAGUGUAAGGUGUGUUUCGACUACGACCUGUGCACUCAGUGUUACAUGAACAACAAGCACGACCUGACGCACGCCUUCGAACGCUAUGAGACGGCACAUUCGCAACCAGUGAGCUUGACGCCAAGACAGAACCUGUCCAGAAUCAUCCUGAAAGGAAUCUUCCAGGGUGUGAAAGUGGUCCGGGGACCCGACUGGGACUGGGGCAACCAAGACGGAGGUGAGGGGAAGGUUGGGAAGGUGGUGGAUAUUCGCGGAUGGGAUCAGGAAUCGGGGCGUAGUGUGGCUAGUGUCACCUGGUCCAACGGAACCACAAAUGUCUACAGAAUGGGCCACAAGGGCAAGGUGGAUCUCAAAUACGUGUCUGAUGUGCAGGGAGGAUACUACUAUAAGGAACAUCUGCCCAAAUUAGGUGAGCACGCAGAGCUGCAGCGGCAGGAGAGCGCAGACAGUCACUCGUUUCAGCAGGGUGAUAAGGUCAAGUGUCUGCUGGAGGUGGACAUCCUCAGACAGAUGCAGGAGGGUCACGGCGGCUGGAACCCAAAAAUGGCAGAGUACAUCUCCAGAAUCGGCACCGUGCACAGAAUAACAGACCGCGGGGACGUACGAGUCCAGUACAGUAACAACAUCCGCUGGACCUUCCACCCCGGAGCUCUGACCAAGGUGAAUACGUUUGCCGUGGGUGAGCUGGUGAAGGUGCUGGAUGACAUUGACAGUGUGAAGAGACUUCAGGUUGGCCAUGGAGAGUGGACAGACAGCAUGGCUCCAGCGUUGGGUCAGGUCGGGAAGGUUUUAAAGGUGUAUGCAGACGGUGACUUGCGCGUGGCUUUCGGAGGUCAGACGUGGACCUUUAACCCCGCGUGUCUCUCUGCCCAGCCUGGAGAGGUCGACGCCAAUCUGAUGACUGCUGAGAACUCCAGCGAAUCAGGAAGUACGGUCAUUUCAGUCCUGGAGAAGCUGCUCUCUCAGUCCACGGAGCAGGAUCAUCCAGGCCGGCUGGUUAUCGAGGCGGCUCACGGGAACGCCGUUAAAGUGCGUGAACUGGUGCAAAAAUACCCUGACAAGGUGGAUAUUAAGAACCAGGGGAAGACGGCUUUGCAGGUGGCCGCCCAUCAGGGCCACGUGGAGGUGGUGAAGGUUCUCCUCCAGGCCAACAGCAGCAUUGAAGCUAAAGAUGAGGACGGAGACGCUGCGCUACACUACACAGCGUUCGGGAAUCAGGCAGAAAUCGCACGCUUACUGCUCAGUAAAGGAGCCAAUGUGAACCUGCUGAAUAACUCCAUGUGUACAGCGCUGCACAUCGCUGUCAAUAAAGGCUUCACGGACGUGGUGAGAGUGUUGACGGAACACUCAGCAGACGUCAACCUGCAGGAUUCCUAUGGAGAUACACCCUUACAUGACGCGAUUGCUAAAGACUUCAGGAGCAUCAUUGAGAUUCUGACUGUGGUUCCCAACAUCGAUUUCACGCAGCAGAACAACCGUGGCUUUAACCUGCUGCACCACGCAGCUCUGAAGGGCAACAAACUAGCGACUGAGAUGAUCUUGGCUCGAGCACGACAGCUGGCAGACGUUAAGAAGGAAGAUGGUUUCUCUGCUCUGCAUCUGGCCGCCUUGAACAACCACCGAGAUGUAGCUGAGGUUCUCUUGAAAGAGGGUCGUUGUGACAUCAACAUCCGCAACAAUCGCAAUCAGACGCCGCUACAGCUGGCUGUGACUCAGGGUCAUGUGGCUCUAGUGGCCCUGCUGGUGACGGAGGGGGCAGACGUCAACGCAGAGGAUGAGGAUGGAGACACGGCCAUGCACACGGCUCUCAGCCGCCAGCAGCUGUCCACCGUCAUGAGCACCGGGGAGGGCGAAGGCGCGGUGCUAUAUGGCAGGUUGUGUAGCUCAGGGCUGAUGGGAAACACGGAGCUGAACAUAGGAGCUGCUAUCGCUUGCUUCUUGGCACAGGAAGGGGCCGAUAUCAGUUACGCUAACCAUAAAGGUAAAAGCCCACUGGACUUGGUGACAGACAGCAGCGUACAAACACUCAUCAGGAGCUUCGCAGAAAAACACAGACUUCAAGCUGUCACGUGUGGCACGGGCACGAGCAGCAGCAGUCUCAGGCGGGUACACACUACGCCCAACACCAUGACCAACCUGGCCAUGCCCAGCGUGACGGGCCCCAGCGAGUGCCUCAUCUGCUCCGAGCUCGCACUGCUAGUACUGUUUUCUCCAUGUCAACACAGUGUCGCAUGCGAGGAAUGUGCUCACAGAAUGAAGAAAUGCAUCCGGUGCCAGGUGACAAUAACAAAGAAAAUUCGACAAGACCAGACGGAGGUGGAGUGCAGCCCCAGCUCGGAGAACUCAGAGCAGCACAACCUGCUGGAGCAGCUGCAGUCGCGCUACAGGCAGAUGGAGGAGCGCAUCACGUGCCCCAUCUGCAUCGAUAACCACAUCAAGCUGGUGUUCCAGUGCGGCCACGCCUCCUGCAUCGACUGCAGCGCCGCGCUCAAAACCUGCCCCAUCUGCCGACAGACCAUCCGCGAGAGGAUCCAGCUGUUUGUCUGACGACGCGCAGCGUUCGCGUGGCUCUUCUCGAAGCGAACUGAAGGGAAGACGGUUGGCUGUUUGUGCUUCAUAGUCUGUCCUGUCCCGAGGGUCAUCAUUUAGCCAUAAAGCGGGAGCGCGCCACCCUCCGCGCUGGACCGGAGGACGUGAGCGGACGGUGGAUGGCGAACCAAUGACUGCGUUUGGUUUUGCUUGUCUGCAUUGCCAGGGGUUUCAUCAAUUCAGGACCUGGUUUUGGAGUACCAUGUGGACUUCUGCAACUACAGUAUUACCGAGUGAAGAGGAGUUCAUCAGACGUCAGCAGAUACACUUCAUGUCGCCGAAGAGCUAGAUUAUAGUGAACCGUAACACAUACCCAGCAUGCAACUUAAGCAGACGUGUCACAUCAGCCCCAUGCAAAAAGCAUCUCACGAAACCCAUCGGGACCUGGUCCAUAUUUUACACUGAAAUCCGAAGAAAGGAGAAAGGAGUGCAAAAGACAGAAGAUAUUGAGAUGUUUAGCGGUGCAUAAAAUGAUUUUAUUUUGUGACAUAUUCACCUUCAAUUCUCAUGUGUUUAUGCAUCAUGGUAGUAUAGUUUUUGUUUUAUUCUAACUUUAAUUUAAGACAAUAGAUACGUUUUUAGAGUAUUUUUACAGCGACUAUAAUGAAAAUAAUUUUACUAAAUUGAUAAUGUAAUUUAUUGUUUUCAUUCAUGUGAUUUUGGGGUGAAAUAUGACCUGGUUUCAGUGAGAUUCCACCAUAUAUGGUGAUCCAGGGCUUGCUGCUCAUCAAUUAACUCAAACACUAACUUCAUUCUAAGCCAAAUCUGAUGUACGCGAAAGCGCAGCACUCGUAAGUCGUGUCCCAGCGUCCUUGAGAAUGGAGUUCUCGGCAGCGUUAUUUGCCGUCGUUUGUCCGAGGGUGAUGUUGUACAGAUGCCUGUACCAUAUGCCUGUACCGUACCACUCGCAAAUCUAGAACUUACAGAAGCUUUCCACAGGCAAGAGAUAUACAUAAUGCAUGCUGGUGAGCAUAUUAUCUACGUCAUAUAUUGUGUCAUGAAUACCAUUUGUAGUGUUAUAAGUGCAGACGACCUGUAGUUUCUAUCCAUGUGUGAUUAUGGCUCUGUGUCUGUGCGAGGGUCCAAACGAAAGACCCUUCAUAGCGUAAUAGUAGAUUUGUUUGUGUAAGCAAAGGUGCUGAAUGCUUCCUAAUCCUAGGAGUUCUUUAGUUUUCUCAGGUUCAUGCAAGUCGGUUCAACUCAAAAUGCAAGAAAACUUUCCCUCUGUAAACUUUACAAAACAUACAAGCGUAUCCAGUGGCAUUGCAUGAUAUGAUAAAAAGUAUUUAUUAGCCUCAUAUCUCCUACAGUAAUGCUUUGCCUAAAUAUAUUCUGGGAUUGACAUCACUUGUUUUGAACAACAAAGAAUUGGGAACUUUUCAAGGCUGUAGGUGAUUGCACAACCUAUACAAUUAAAAAAAAAAACAAAAAAAAAAACUGCACACUCUGAGCUUGCGAUGAAGGCCGCAGCGUUUUGUGGAUCUGCAUGGUUGGACCACCAGACCCAGACUUCAUCUCUGCUGGCAGUAUUUUAUCACCCCUAUGUCAUUCAAAACCCGUAUGCACUUGAAGGUUGUUUUUUUUUUGGUGGAAAACAAAGAAUUUUAGGAAGAGUCUGCAUAUACGGUAACUCUUUCACAUACAUCAGUUCAAAAGUUUGUCAAGCUCUAAAAAAGAGCCAUCAUCCAAAUUGUUUGUGGUGGUGUAAGGAUACUCAAAAAUGCUUAAUAAAAUAAAAUGCUUAAUGCUUAAAAUAAUAAUAGUAACAACAGCAGCUGCAGGAGUCUGGAAAGCCAUGAGGGAGAGUAAAUAAGAGAACUACUUCUGUAAUGGUUAUUGUAUUUCACCGACUGGUGUGAUGUAAAAA